CGCAAGCCCGCCUCCAUCCCGGCUUCGCCCCGCCUCCUGCGCGCACGCUCCGGGCCGGCGUCGGAAGCGAGCGUGCGAAGUGCGCUGCAGAGCCGCGGCGAGCCCAGGGCGGCCGCCCGGAGCCGGGAUGCCGGAAGGGCCGUCUGUGAGGAAAUUUCACCACCUGGUGUCCCCCUUUGUGGGCCAGCAGGUGGUCAAGACAGGGGGCAGCAGCAAGAAGCUGCACCCACCCGACCUUCAGUCUCUGUGGCUCCAGGACACCCAGGUCCAUGGAAAGAAAUUAUUCCUUAGAUUUGAUCCAGAUGAAGAACUGAGGCUCCGUGGCAAUGACCCACUUCCAGAACCUCUCCGAAAAGGAGCCCAGGAGGUGGAGGCCGCAGACCAAGAGCAGGCCGUGGGGCCCAGCAGACAGACAGCUUCUGACAAGUCCUCUCAGGCUGCGGCGCUUGCCGUCCCCCCUGGAGACGAGGGGCCCAAGUGUCUGGGGGCGGAUUGCCUCACGCCAGGUGCUGAGAGGUGGCUGCAAGUCAGCUUCGGCCUGUUUGGCAGCAUUUGGGUGAACGAGUUCUCCAGAGCGAAGAAAGCCAACAAGAGGGGUGACUGGAGGGAUCCCGCGCCCAGGCUGGUCCUUUAUUUUGGCGGUGGUGGCUUUCUGGCGUUUUACAAUUGUCAGAUGUCUUGGAGCUCUUCCCCAGUGGUCAGACCCACCUCUGACAUCCUGUCUGAAAAGUUCCAUCGAGGACAAGCCCUGGAAGCUUUGGGCCAGGCCCAGCCUGUCUGCUAUACGCUGUUGGACCAGAGAUACUUCUCAGGCUUAGGGAACAUCAUCAAGAACGAAGUCCUCUACAGAGCCGGGGUCCAUCCGCUCUCCCUCGGCUCGCUCCUGAGUCCUUCGUGUCUGGAGGCCCUUGUGGACCACGUGGUGGAGUUCAGUACACACUGGCUGCAGGACAAGCUGCAGGGCCGACAGCAGCACCCCCAGAUCUACCAGAAGGAGCAGUGUCCUGCCGGGCACCAGGUCCUGAAGCAGGAGCUUGGGCCCCCGGGCGGGUUUCAGAGGCUGACCUGGUGGUGCCCGCAGUGCCAGCCCCGGCUCCCAGCCGAGGGGCCAGAGCAGCACCAGCGCGCCUAGUCACCUGGCCCUUCCUCUGGGGGCCCUGUGUGGUGCCCAGAGAGGAGAGGGAUGUCAGUUUUCUUGAUGGUCGUCUCACUAGAGGUGUGUCUAAGGAAGCGCUUUCCCAGGGUUAGAGUUUUUUCCUUUUCUAGUUCAUUCUUCCGAGGGAAGUUCUAGUUCUGCUAUUGGGACAGAUGAGAAACAUCACGGCGGUGGGCGAGGAGGCUGCCGAGCGCAGUGGGAUGUGGAGGGUGAAAGCUCCCGGCCUUGCCUCCCAGGUUCUGAGCUUUGUUUGUGUUUGAACUUCGGUUGACGUUAAGACCCUCCAUUUGGAGAAACAGAAUUUUCUUUCUUUGUUCCCUUGGAGGGAUUGGGGUGAGGAGCUAGCAGCUGUGGUCAGCUUCCUGCCUGGGAGCCUUCCACGGCAGACCCCGAGGGGCCUGUGUGAGGGAGCAGGGAGCUGGCCGUCUUCCUGGCACGCCCUGGGCCUGUAGGGGAAAGCUACGCAUGUCCUCCUGAAGCUGAUAGAGCUGUGACCAUGGAUAUGUUGAACACUCCAGGAAUCAGGGGUUAUAGAGAAGCUGCUGUCAGAUGGUUGGCAACAACUAGAUGAAACAAGACAGUGGCUUGAAAAUAAAGUGAUUUUCUCUUC